UAUAUAUUUUAUUGACAAAUGAAUACUUACAUUUGUAAUAAAUGUUAUUCUACGAAAAACAGAAGAAAGAAACCAUUUAGAAUAACACAAUGUGGACAUAUAUUUUGUGAUAAUUGUUUAGACGAAGGUAUAAGACCUUGUCCAAGAUGUAAUAAUGGGGAUAUGGCAUCAUUGCAAUUGGAAGAACCAUUAUUACCCAAAGUAUCAUCUUUGUUUAUUCCAUUAAAUGAAGCUAUACAAUCAUUACCAGAAAUAGCUAAUUUUCAAAAUACUCAAAAUAACAUUAUUCUACGACGUUUUUAUCAAAUUGAAGCAAAAUAUAAUCUAUUAAAGGAUGAAUAUCGUAAGCUUGCACAUAAUAUGCAAGUAAUGUCUGACAAAUAUCGUAAACUUCGUGAAGAAAUGGAAACGAUUAAUAUGAAAUUUGUUAAUUCUAAUAAAUUAACUUCCAAUGCUCAAAGUAUUUUUAAUCGCAGAGAGAUGCUAAUGGAUACACGAAGAAUAAUGCAUCAUGAUAGUAUCACUCCAAUUUCAAAAUCUUACAAGAGUGUAAGAUUUACACCAUCAACUAAUCAAAGUAUAUAUGAAAAAUUACGUAAAACGUCAAUAACGUCAGUUGUACCAACAAUUCGUUAUUACAAUACAUCAUUAAUUAAUAAACAAAAUUGAAAUUAUA